AUGCCUCGCCAAUUCUUCGUCGGUGGUAACUUCAAGAUGAACGGUGUUACUUCUAGUAUCACCGACAUCGUCAACAACCUCAACUCCGCCAAGCUCGAUUCCACCACCGAGGUCGUCAUCUCCCCUCCUACCCUCUACCUCUCUUUAACCCGCAGCUUGGCCAAGGCCGAAAUUGGCGUUGCCGCCCAGAACGUCUUCGACAAGCCCAGCGGUGCUUUCACCGGUGAGAUCAGCGUUGAACAGCUGAAGGAUAUCAAGAUCGACUGGACUCUCAUCGGUCACAGCGAGCGCCGUGUUAUCCUUAAGGAGAAUGAUGAGUUCAUUGCCCGCAAGGUCAAGGCCGCUAUUGAUGGCGGUGUCUCUGUGAUCUUCUGCAUCGGUGAGACUUUGGAGGAGCGUGAGGCCGACAAGACCAUUGAGGUUGUCUACCGUCAACUCAACGCUGUCGCUAAGUUGCUCAGCCAGGAGGACUGGGCCAAGGUCGUCAUCGCCUACGAGCCCGUCUGGGCUAUUGGUACCGGUAAGGUCGCCUCCACUGAACAGGCCCAGGAGGUCCACGCCGCUAUCCGUAAGUGGCUCGGCGAGACCGUCUCCGCCAAGGUCCAGGAGGAGGUCCGCAUCAUCUACGGUGGCUCUGUCAGCGAGAAGAACUGCCGUGAGCUCGCCACACAGCCUGAUGUUGACGGCUUCCUUGUUGGCGGUGCCAGCUUGAAGCCUGCCUUUGUCGAUAUCAUCAACGCCCGUAUCUAG